AGUGCGGUUCCGGGUCGCUGCUCUGCCCGCAGGCCAGCCGUGGGGGCUGGUGACGCGGGCCGGCGCUCACGAGAGGCCCCGGAGGCGGGGCUCUGCCGGCUGCCCAGAGAGCGGCAGGACAGAAAGCUUUGACCUCCAAGCUGUUUUAAAUCUAGUAGAUAAGCCAGAUACGCUAUUGCCACAAGCCUUUGGCCCACAUUUCAGUGGGAAUGCAGCUAGUUUGGAUAUCUGGAACUUUUUAGGCACGUGUCUCGGAAUUCCUGGUUGCUGGCCUAACGACUGUUGUAGGGGGUUCAAGACCUGGCCAUCAGUGCAGGAUAGCCACACAGCAAAAUGUUUGCAAAACUAAAGAAGAAAAUUGCAGAAGAGACUGCUGUCGCUCAGAGGCCAGGAGGUGCUACUAGGAUCCCACGAUCAGUGAGCAAGGAAUCGGUUGCCUCCAUGGGAGCUGACUCAGGAGAUGACUUUGCAUCUGAUGGAAGCAGCUCCAGAGAAGAUCUUUCAUCCCAGCUUUUGAGAAGAAAUGAACAGAUACGGAAAUUAGAGGCCAGGCUUUCUGACUAUGCUGAACAGGUCCGAAAUUUGCAGAAGAUAAAAGAGAAGCUUGAAAUUGCAUUAGAAAAACACCAGGAUUCUUCCAUGCGGAAAUUUCAAGAGCAGAAUGAGACAUUCCAAGCCAACAGAGCCAAAAUGGCAGAAGGACUGGCUUUGGCAUUAGCCAGAAAGGACCAGGAAUGGUCAGAAAAAAUGGAUCAGCUUGAAAAGGAUAAAAGGUUUCUGACAGCUCAGUUACAGGAAAUGAAGAACCAGAGUUUGAAUCUUUUCCAAAGGAGAGAUGAAAUGGAUGAAUUAGAGGGGUUCCAGCAGCAGGAACUAAGUAAAGUAAAGCACAUGCUUUUAAAAAAAGAAGAAAGUUUGGGGAAAAUGGAGCAAGAAUUGGAAGCACGUACCAGAGAACUUAGUCGCACCCAGGAGGAGUUGAUGAUCUCCAACCAGAUGUCAGCAGACUUAAGCCAGAAGAUAGAAGAACUUCAGAGAAACUACUCAACGCUGGAAGAGCAGAGAGAUCAUGUGACAGCUUCAAAAACAGGUGCAGAAAAUAAGAUCACAGCCCUGGAGCAGAAGGAAGAGGAACUCCAAGCCUUCAUUCAGCAACUUUCCAUUGAUUUGCAAAAGGCCACUGCUGAAACUCAAGAGAAAGAAAAACUCAUCACACAUUUGCAGGAGAAGGUUGCAUCCUUGGAGAAGAGACUGGAGCAGAACUUAUCAGGGGAAGAACAUGUGCAGGAACUUCUAAAAGAGAAAACACUUGCUGAGCAGAAUUUGGAGGAUACCAGACAGCAGCUCUUGGCAGCCAGAAGCAGCCAGGCCAAUGCCAUUGACAGCCUGGAGACUCGGGUGAAAGAACUAGAGCAGAGCCUGCAGGCAUCUGAGGAGAAGCUAAAACAGAGCAGUGACGUUGUGACAGCUCAGGAAGCUCAGAUUCAGGAGCUUGCCUCAGCAAACAAGGAGAGCAGCUGUGCGCAGCAGCAGGUCCUCGCUCUGGAGCAGCAGUGCACAGAGCAGAUCCACAGGCUGGAGGCCCAGCUCUCUGCCCUGGAGAGAGCUCGGGCGGCCGACCAUGCGGCCGCGGAGCGGAAGGUGAGAGAGCUGGAGCAAGAAAAUGCAGGCCUUAAAGAAAGUAAGAAUGAAUGUGAACAUUCUUUACAACAUCACCAGCUUGAAUUAAAGAAGCUGAAGGAAGAAUGGAGCCAAAGAGAAAUUGUGAGUGUGGCAAUGGCUCAAGCCCUGGAGGAGGUGCGGAAGCAAAGGGAAGAGUUCCAGCAACAGGCUGCUAACCUGAUCGCCAUAGAAGGUGAGAAGGAGCAGAGUCUGCAGGAAAAAACUGAAGUGAUUCUCCAGAAAGAGCAGGAGAUUCUCCAGCUGAAGAAAGGUCACGACUCUGCCCUGCUGCAGAUGCGCCGGCUGCAGAGUGAGCUGGAGGCCCUGAGGGGCCUGAGGGCCGAGGAGUCGGAGGCGGCCGCCGCGCGGGAGGACCUGCGGAGGCUGCGGGGCCAGGAGCAGGGCGCCGCGCUCUCGGUCAGCGAGCCUCACGUGACCUCGAGGGCCGGGCAGGACCCCACGUACCAGCUUCCAGCUGCAGAGGGGAUACCAAAUGGUGAGAUGGGGACCGCCAUGGAUCUAGGGCAGCUACAGAAGGAAAAGCAGGACUUGGAGCAGCAACUUCUAGAGAAAAAUAAGCUGUGAAAUGAGAGCGGUGAUACCUGCCUUUCAGUGGUUUUGUGGGGGGAAGGUUGGGGGAUGAAAUGAAACUGUUUGUUAGCUUCCUAUAAAUUUUCUGGUAUUUGAUAGAGGCUUAAUAAAUGUCAUGAUUCCACCAACCCCGCCUGGCCUCUGCACCUGUAAAUGCAGGGUCUCGUUUGAGCCUCGUUUUUAAAAUGUACUGUGAAGUUAAAUGUGCUGGCUAGUCAGUGCUCUGGCCUGAAAUUCCGCCCCCAAAUUGUGUGAUUGCUCUUUAACAAAGGAGAAAGGUGGUCAUUCUUUCUCUCCCCUCACCCCCGCCUGUCUCCCCCUUUCACUCACACACACACACACACACGGGCUCUUAAUCUCUUAUCAUGAAAUAUAAAAUAUAGAAGAGUGCACACUGUGUGUCCCUGGGUCCAGCCCUUGGACAGCUUCUCCAAAUCACACUCACAUCCUUGGCGAUCUCCCCCAUCCUGUGUGCUGCUGGCACCACAUCCAUACCUCAAAUCCAGACGGCUCCUGUGAACUCUUAGACUCCUGUAUCUACCCUAUUUCUCUAUGUCAGUGUCUGAAAGGCCCCUGAAAUUUAAAACAUCCAGAACCAGACUUCAGACUGACCACGCUCUCUAGCAUCUACUGCCAUCUUUCCUCUCUCAGUAAAUGGCAAAAACCUUGGAGUCAUCCUUGGCCCCUUUGUUUCUUUCACAACCAACAUCCAAAUCAUUAGGGAAUCCAUUUGGCUCUCCCUUCAAACUGUACGCGGAAUGAGCUGCCUCUCAUCCCUGCCACUGCUACCACCGGAGACCAGGUGACCAUCCUGUCUUCCCUAGAGGAUGGUGUUGGGCUUCUAAUUGGUUUCCCUGUCACUUGUCUGUUCCGGCCCUCUGAUGACUCUCUGUCCCCGUAAAAGCCAAAGUCCUUGCGGUGGCCCACGAAGUCUAUGUGGUCUGGCUCCUUACUGCCCCCUUCCCCGCACCCUCUGCUCUCCCCCAGCAUUCCCUCUCAGCCACAGUGGCCUUGCCUUUCUGUGAAUAUCAAGCAUCCUCCCGCCUCAGGGCCUUUGCACUUGCUGAGCCUUCUGUCUGGAAGAUCCUUCUGCCAAUUACCCUCACUUCCUUUAUGGUGUCAUUUUGUCAGUGAGGCCUUCCUGCUACCCUGCCAGCCCUCACCAACAGAACUCCCGGUCCCCUCACCUUGCUCUUUUUUUCUCAAGGCCUCUUAAUACCUUCUGAUACACUGUAUAUUUGCUUAUUGACACUGUUCACUCCUGAGGGCAGACAUUUUUUCUUUUUUUUUUUUCCCUGCUGUUUCUGCAGCCCCUAGGCUGGUGUAGAGACUCAGUAUUCAUUGGAUAAAUUAAUGAAUGAGUCAAAACCUAGAAAAUCAAGUAACAUAAACUAGCAAAUGUACUUUUGGGGGAAUGCCCAGCCUCACGGUCAAGCAGAGAAUACAAAUUGGAACGAAACAUUACCAUUUUGUCAGUGGGGUGUUGCAGGCAGUGUGACAGGAGCUGGAGGCGCUUUCCCAGCCCUCUCGUCCCCAGGGGGCCGUGGCCAUACCGCUCUUGAGACAACAAAGCUUAUUACAGCUUUGUUUGAAAAUGGAAGCUCAGGGAGUUCCCUGGCGGUCCAGUGGUUAGGACUUGGCACUUGCUCUGCCAUGGCCUCGGGUUCAAUCCCUGGUCAGGGAACUCAGAUCCCGCAAGCCAUGCAGUGUGGCCAAAAAAAAGGCAACUCAGCUACACAAGAAGACAUGGGGCAUCCCCUAGAGUUACUGUCACAUUAAAAGUUGUAAUUAGCAAAACUAUAAAGCUGUGGAAACUCUGAUAAAUGAAAACUACUAUUCAGAAUUCUAGCUGCUCAGUGCAAGAAUGGUGGUGUGGACUAGAGGUCCACAGUAGAAACUCAUUUGAUAAGUUGUGAGAUUUCGGAGACAUUUUUAUUGAAAAUGUUUUCCCUGUAAUGUCGAUUACACAUUAAAUUUUUUCAUUGGGAAAACAGUUCAGCCUUUCUGGUGGUUAAUGGAAUGUGUAAUAAAUUAUAUUUAAGGCCCAUAAUACUAAUUAAGCUCACUAAAAAUAAAUAAGGAAAAUAAAGAAAUAAAAGACAUAAAACCCAUUGUUGGUGGGUUGUGCCGAAAAAACACGAUCUUUAAUACUGUUCAAAAUAAGCGUUAAAAAUUAUUAUGGUAUUUCAGGAGAUCAAUGGUGAUGAUGAGAAUCCUAAAUUUUGGCCCAAGUAUCCUACUUGGGGAUGAUGGCACAUAAACAUCAUUCUGAAGGGCAGAAUAUACUGUGCAGAGGCAUUUCUAGCUGUGCCGCCUGUGGAGGCGAGCGCCAGAAGCAGUCCUAAGGCCCCAGGCGGGGAGGGGUGGGACAGCACUGCGCUGGAGAGCAGGGCUGUGCACAGCAGCAGCACGUGAGGGAGAGGCCGAGGCGGCAGGUGUGGCAGCUCAAGCUCCUCAGGAGAUGAAGCAGGGGCUUCUGGCAGGUGUAUGGGGACCCAAGGGGUUGUCUGUCUGCUCUGUGGUCCUUUGCACUCUAAAGAUGCUGAAACGUGCAUUUAAUGAAUGGCCUUUUGUGGGGGUGGG